AUUUACAAUUUUUUUUUCUUUUUUUUUUCUUGGGAGGAGGGGGCGGCGUAUUGGUUUAGUUUGGUUGGUUCUGAUUUAGAUGAGAGCUUGUUGUGGCUUUUGGCUUUGCAGCUGAUUGGUCCAGAAAUUUUAGUCUUUGUUGGAGAAAUCAAUUUGGGGGUGGCCCCUCUCUCUUCUUCUUCUUUGAAUAAGCUUUGUCUACUUACCAUCUUUAUAGGCCUUGAAGAAGGUUGUUUAGAUUACUGAGUUCCUUGAAAUUAUUGAGGUUUGAAUGUCUUACUGUGGCAUGCUUUUGAUUUAGUUAGGCGUUAUGUGCCUUUGCUGCUGAUCGGCUGGACCUAAAGCGCUUCAGUUCUUCAGUGUGUUUUUAACCCAUUUUUGUCUGAAUAUGGACUAUGCCACUUUUAGGGUCGUGACCAUUUUUAUGGGUUGAGGAUUUAAAGCUUUACAGCAUUUUUCUGCAGUCCAGUUUCUGCAUGUUACAGUGCAGAGAUAUGUGGAGAUAUCCAUGGGCAGUUUUAUGACAUGAAAGAGCUUUUCAAAGUAGGAGGGGAUUGCCCAAAGACUAAUUAUUUGUUUAUUGGAGAUUUUGUUGAUAGGGGAUUUUACUCUGUUGAAACAUUUCUGCUUCUACUUGCCCUUAAGGUGAGAUAUCCAGAUCGGAUAACCCUCAUCAGAGGGAACCAUGAGAGCCGUCAGAUAACACAGGUGUACGGAUUCUAUGAUGAGUGCCUACGUAAAUAUGGCUCUGUGAAUGUUUGGAGAUAUUGCACUGAUAUAUUUGAUUACUUAAGUUUGUCAGCUCUCAUUGAGAACCGGAUUUUUAGUGUUCAUGGUGGUCUGUCUCCUGCCAUAUCAACAUUGGAUCAGAUCCGAACAAUUGAUAGAAAACAAGAAGUACCUCAUGAUGGUGCCAUGUGUGAUCUUCUCUGGUCAGAUCCUGAAGAUAUUGUGGAUGGUUGGGGUUUGAGUCCACGUGGUGCUGGUUUUCUAUUUGGUGGCAGUGUGGUCAUGUCUUUCAACCACUCAAACAAUAUUGACUAUAUAUGCCGUGCUCAUCAGUUGGUAAUGGAAGGAUACAAAUGGAUGUUCAACAACCAAAUAGUUACAGUCUGGUCAGCUCCGAACUACUGUUACAGAUGUGGUAACGUGGCUGCAAUCUUGGAGUUGGAUGAGAACCUUAACAAGCGGUUUCGUGUUUUUGAUGCAGCUCCACAGGAAUCAAGAGGCACACCUGCCAAAAAACCUGCACCUGAUUAUUUCUUAUGAUACAAUUGGCAAAGCCUUUUAUUAUUAGAUACAAGUGAAUCGAUGACACAGUAACCUUGUGAAGAAAACCCAGAGCAAAACCAGAAGAGCUAAAUGGGAGGUUGCCCAGUAACUGGAAAAACUCGUACUUUCUGGUUUUUUUUUUUCUUUUUAUACAUUUGGAUUAUUGGGAUUUGCUUUCUUGUAUUCCAACUUCCACCACCAUUGAUUGGUGUCCGUGUAAUAGUAUUGUAUAUCAUGCAUUGUGUGAGUGAACCCUGGAAGUAUAAAUUUCGACCCAAAAAAAAAAAGGGAAUAUAAGACAUCUAUCCUUCCUCCACUUGGGUGGAGAUAUAGAUCUUGUUGGAGAUUGAUUCGUUUUAUUUUCGUGGAAAAGAUUAGGUUUGUGACAAUGAAGGGUGAUGCAAGAGGUAUAAGCUCUCAAAUUUGUUGCGUUUGCCCUUUUGGAGAAUAAAAGUUACGAGUCUCUUACUAGGUUUUA